UGAAGAAAAAAGAAAACUCUUGUGCAGCAACCCUGGUGAGGAGCUGUUAAGCCUGCACUCGCCUUCCUGUGGCCCCGGGCUUGAGAACCUCUGACUGAUUGCAGUUUGUCCAUGUGACUCGGUUUCCGCUGCCUGCCUGCUUCCGUGAAUAGUAAAAAGAGGCAUCAGUGCUUCAGUCAGCGCAGAGGAGAGAAGCUGAACUUCACACGCUCUGAACACACUCUGCAAGCAGCGAGGCAACCAGCGAUAUGGUCAGGGGAUCAACCGUCAGUGGCUUGGGAAAUCCACACCUAACCACCAGUCAGUGAGGAUGAUAAAAUGCCAGUCCACGGACUCACUCCCAUCCUGCUUUGCUUGUUACCCAUGUGGAGAAUCCUGACACCAGUUGCAAGUCAUCCACAACCCAGCCGAUGUCAGCUGAUACAAAGAACAGCUCUCUGCAACGAUGCCGAGCUCUCCUCUGUGCCCAUGGGACUGCCAGACAACAUAGAGGAGCUUCAGCUUAACUACAACCACAUUAAAACACUACAGGACUCCGCUCUGCUCCGUUACCCCUCACUAAAGACCCUGAGCCUCGCUUGCAAUAAUUUGGAGAGAAUAGAAUCAAACACUUUUCAGAACUCACAACUGUUAGAAAGCCUUAAUCUAGCAAAUAACAAUAUUUCUAGUGGCAGCCUCGCGUUAAAAAAGCUACAUGGCCUCAGAGCUCUGGAUCUCUCUGAAAAUAGGCUAGACGAUGAAAUGGCUGCCACUCUCCUUGAGAACCUAACAUCCCUGGAGUAUCUCAAUCUUUCCGGAAACCUCUUGCGGAGAGUGGACGAGACCUCGUUCAGAGAUCUCCACCAACUCAAAGAAUUGGACCUGCAAAGAAACUUCAUUUUUGAGAUCGAUAGCGCCUUCGACACCAACACCAAACUUCAGCGGCUGAACCUGGCCUUCAACUACCUGCCUUGUCUGACUGACUUCCACAUGACGCAGCUGGUCGUCCUCAACGCCAGCUACAACACCAUCGAGUGGUUCAUCUCCAGGCAAGACCUCAAUGAGACUUUCCAGCUGGAAACGCUCGAUCUUUCCAACAACAGACUGCUCUUCUUUCCGUUCUUGCCCAGCCACAGUCGUUUACGGAACCUUUACCUCUCCCACAACGUCAUUAGUUUCUACGAACGCUUGUCGCGCAACGUCACGCACCCAAACUCAACCACAACCGUUGAGUUCUACAAUCUGAAGAGCUACAUGCAAAAUGUGACCGCUCAGCUGUGGGAUGACGACCUUCACGGUGAUAUCUGCUCUUUAGAGAUUUUAGAUCUGAGAGGAAACCAGGUGGAUUAUUUCCCCGAAGGAUUCAUCCAGAAAAUGCCAAAACUGUCCAGACUUCAAAUGUGCACAAACUGCCUGGAGACUUUAAAUCUAACAGCAGAACAGUUCUCUGGCAGCUUGUACGAGCUGGACGUCAGCAACAACAGACUGAACCAGAUUUUGGCAGACGAGGAUACACUGACCACUCUGAGCAAUUUGACGUAUUUUAACCUGAGCCUGAACGGUCUGGAGAGGCUGCCACUGGGUUUGUUUUCCUCACUGCCAAGCAUCCGCUCAGUGGAUCUCAGCUCCAACAACAUUGACAUUUGCCUUUCUGAGGAAGCUGAGAUCACUACACACACUCUUUCAUCUUGCGUGGACUGGAAGAACAUUGCAUCCUUAAGGCAGCUUUACCUAAAGGGAUGCAACCUUAAAAUAAUUCCAAACUCUGCAUUCACAGGUUUGUUAUUGACACACUUAGAACUGUCUGACAACCCUGGACUCCAUGUCAAAGAAUCAAUACAGAGACUGAGCAGAACGUUGCAGCAUCUAGGUGUAGGAAAUACUCAAAUACACGACUUCGACUUCUCCCGCUUUCACAGUCUGAAGUCUUUAAACAUUUCAAAGAACUCUCUCGCUCACUUACCCCCUUCACUUCCAGACCUCGACCUGAAAGUGCUCGACUUGAGGGACAACCAACUGUCCACUAUCCACUCAGCUCAUGCUGAAGCCUUAGCCCCGAAACUUCAGACUGUUUUUCUCACAGGAAAUCCAUUCAACUGCUGUCAAACAGAAUGGUUCAGGACAUUCGAGACAACGAGGACAAUCAAUAUAGUUGGACAAUCAGAAAUCGAAUGUGAGGAUCUCUUCGGAACGGAGCGUAUCACUGACCACUCAUUUUCCUGUUUCGAAGAAGAGGGGGAGUCUAUACUCUGGUACAUUCUGCUUCUUUUACCUGUGUGUGUUUCUUUUAUGGGAAUUUCCAUUAUUGUCUUCCUCACAUUCAAGCCCAAAAUGCUACAAAAAUCGAUCAAAAAGAAAUGCUUCAAGCCUACAUCUUACUGAUACUUUAUAAACCCUGAAUGAGCUAUGUUUUGUACAGUAAAUGUAACAGAAUGUAUGUUGGAAAUAAAUUCACUUCACUGUAAGACUGUCUACAAUAAUGAAGUACUGUAAAAGUUUUUCACAUGGCUAUGCAUUGUUCAGUAAAGUGUGGCUGAAUGCCAGGCCCUGAUCCUGA